AUGGAGGGCCCGCAUGGUUGCCAGGAGCAUCACGAGCCCGUCAAGCAGAGCCCAGGGCAGAGGUCAGGAAGUCCGGCCGACGAUGGCGAUUUGGAGGCCACAGCUCAGCGACUUCCGCGCCGGCUCUUGCGUGAGGAGCAUGACGAGGUUGCUGCCUCUCGACAUCCCUUGGAGAUGGAGGGUCCACAUGGUUGCCACGAGCAUCACGAGCCUGUCGAGCAGAGCACAGGGAGUUCGGCCGACGAGGGUUUGGAGGAGAUCUCCACGCAAUCUUUGCCAUGGAGCUUCAGCUCGGACUCGGAGGUUGGCCUUGACUCACUUGACUCACUUGACUGGGAUCCCUACAAGCUCCUCUUGCCAAAUUUGCUGCCGUACCUUGAUGUUGGCGAUUUGAUGAACUGGCGCCUGAGCUCCCAGCAGACCAGGAGCCCGAAUGUCUUGAUAAAGCACGUGGACGAGAUGGGCAGAAUGGACAGGCCUGCAGCACUUCUUGCCUUUUGCAAAACCAUGGACUCGCGGUCAAACACCGGCUUGGACGCAGCCUUCGGAGGCGAUGUCGAGCAGCAGAAGUACUACCAAUGUCGUCAGUGGUGCAUGGCGCUGGCAGAUACCAGCACAACCCAUUUUGCUGAAGCUGACGUCCGCCGCAUCGUUCUUCCCAACCUUCGAUUCUUGCUUGAACUCUGCCGCGAUGUCAAUGAGUCCAUACGCAAGGCUGCGCACAGGACUCUUGAAUGUUAUGGAGCCGGGGGCCUCCCUUUUGUGCAGCAGCUGAUCGCAGAAGACAUGCUGGGCCGGUAUCCACCAUCAGCUCCGAGACCUUAA